CCCGCAGCCGCGCAUCCCUCCGUGCCCGCCCGCAGCCGCGCCGCCCGUGGUGCCGCCACAACGGUUGUCUCCUCUACACCGCAUGCCCCCCUUGUGUCCUCACAACCCCCACGCUUCAAUGUCUUCCUCCCCUUGCCCUAGAUCUAGAUUUACUUUGCAGAAGAGCCUGUACGGCGGUCAGAUCGACACACGGAGGAACAACCGCGGUGAGGAGCUCCUCUUCAACAGCAGCAAGGUGAAUCCCCCCUCCUUGAUCUCGGCUAGCGUUUCCUGGAUCUACUGUAACGUCUCCAGUGCUCUCGUCAUAUUUUGGGUUGUCAUAUCUUUCAUGUCUGUGUUCUUUUGCUUAACAACAACUGAUGAUGCAACUCUCAUAACAAGUGUAGGUCAUUUAUUAUCAAGACCUGGAAAUGAUGUGCAUGUAUUCUCCCUAAACGAGUUGAAGGCUGCCACACAAAACUUUUACAUGUUGAAUUGCAUUGGCCAUGGUGGUUUUGGAGCAGUGUAUAAGUGAAGCCUAGGACUUGUUUAUGCAUUUUUAAAAAAUUCAUGCUUUAUUUGUUGCUUCUACUCUAAAUGCAUGUUUCGAGGAACUCUGCAAAUACUGUAGUCAAUGGCUAACACAACAUGUUCCUCACUUGUGGACCUUGUCAUAUUCAUUUUUUUUCUUCUUUUCUGUUUACAGUCACGGCUAUGUGAAUUCACCUGUUAACUGGAGUAUUCUGUUCUGUCUCUCUCCACGCCUUGCAGCAAGCUUUCUGGUAUGGAGCUGAACAGCACUCUUGGCUAUCAGUUGUCAAGUCUGCAGGCUCUGAAAACGAUGGACUUGAGCAACAACUACUUGCACGAUUCAAUUCCUUACCAGCUGCCAUCAAACCUUACCUAUUUGAACCUGGCGAAAAACAACUUCUCUGGUAAUCUUCCGUACUCCAUAUCCAACUUGGCCUCGCUUGAGUACCUGAAAUCGGAGAACUGUUUGGAAGCCUCAGUUCACUCGCAGAACUGUAAGGCAUACUGAACCGCUGUUUUCGUACGCAAGCUCGACUUGAGUAUUGUGUGAGUCCACUGUUCUGUUUUUUAACCUCUCUCUAGGAAGAAUCCAUGGUCCGUAUUGUUUUACUGAAAAGGGGAUGUGCUAACUUGUUGAGAUUACACAUGGCAUUUACAUUUGUAUAUUG